CACCCACUCUCCCACUAGUGAAUUUGACCAGAAGGGACUGAAAACCAAGAGUCUCUCUCUUUGCUUCAUCAUCAGAACUUGACUUGUGUUUGUUUGAAUCUCCGACUUAUCUACUCUCCCUCUAUCAAUCAGCCAAGCAUAAAUAUAAAUGCGGUGAAGAAAUUCAAUAGGGCCAGAUGGGGAAGACGAUAAAUUUAUAUGGAUUUCCUUCGGGUGAAACUGUCGAAAAGAUUAAGGCUUUUGUGGAGCAAUAUACAGGACAAGGAAGUGUUCAUGCUCUUAAAUUACGGCCUGCCAAAAGGGGAGGAAGAUUCUAUGCUAUUAUACAGUUUCAGUCCACUAGUCAGGCUGAGAAAAUUACCUCUUUGGCUAAUAUUAUGUAUGGGAGAUCCAAUUUGAGGGCACAUCCGGCGGACCAUGAUAUUGAACUAAAGCCAAGAACUUAUUUGCAUAGCUUGCAAGAUUUAGUAUUGCAUGUUGGCUGCCAGGUUGCAAAUGACAAGUUGUCUGUUUUGUGGAGAUCAGACGAAGUUUCAGUUGACUUUGGGAUUGGAAUGCGGAAAUUUCAUUUUCGGCUGUUAUACCAUCAGAAGGUAUAUAGACUUCAGCUUUCGUAUGAGAACAUCUGGCAAAUUGAGUUGCAUCGUCCACGUGGUCGUACUGCUAAGUACCUUGUGAUUCAAUUAUAUGGAGCUCCUCGCAUCUACCAACAAGAAGAAGCAUGUUCUUCUGGAAAUGUAUUUGAGGACCCUACAAUGAACUACUUUAGGGAUGUCCCUGAUGACCAAUGUGUUCGGACUACUGAUUUCACUCCACGAAGCUAUAUUGGGCAGUCCUCUUCAUUAUGUUUAGAGCUUCCUUCUGGCCGCCAACUUCCUGAUUUUGAAGAAAAUUUUGCUUAUUACAAGGAGAGCGAAAGUCAAUUUGUCUUGGAGAAUGGCUCAACUUUCUCCUGCAACCAGGACUUGGUUCCUAUUGUUGGUCCUCCUACAGGGGUUAAUUUGCCAUAUGAUAUAUUGUUUAAAGUAAACUUGCUGGUUCAAAUGGGUUGUCUAUCAGGGCCGACACUUGAUAAUGGUUUUUAUAGGCUGGUGGAUCCACGAAGAAUAUCUCUUUCCUCUAUAGAGUAUGCCCUAGAUAAAUUAUCUAAUUUGAAGGAGUGCUGUUAUCAACCUGCAGUGUGGCUUUCUGAGGAGCACCUGAAGUACAUGACAUCAAAGAAACCUCCAAAGCCUGCACUUAUCUCCUUAGAUCCAGGUUUGGUAUAUGUACGCAGGGUUCAAGUAACACCAUCUUAAGUGUAUUUUUCGGGUCCUGAGGUAAAUGUCUCAAAUCGCAUUGUACGCCAGUAUUCCAGUGAUAUCGAUAACUUUCUUCGUGUUUCAUUUGUGGAUGAGGAGAUGGAAAAGCUCUAUUCAACAGAUUUAUCUCCCCGUACAUCUACUAGGAAAACUCGCAUCUACAACAGAGUUCUUUCAAUCCUCAGAAACGGCAUAGUAAUUGGAAAUAAGAAGUUUGAGUUUCUUGCAUUCUCAUCAAGUCAAUUGCGAGAGAAUUCGUUGUGGAUGUUUGCUUCAACCAAUAACAUUAGUGCUGAUAAGAUAAGAGCAGGGAUGGGGAAUUUUCGCAAGAUAAAAAAUGUAGCAAAGUACGCUGCCAGGUUGGGUCAAUCUUUUGGCUCUUCUACUGAAACUUUAAGUGUUGGCAGGAAUGAGAUUGAAGUUACUCCUGAUGUAACUGUUGACUGCGAUGGAGAUAAAUAUGUGUUCUCCGAUGGAAUUGGGAAAAUAUCAGCUGAUUUUGCAAGGAAAGUAGCCUCUAAAUGUGGCUAUAAAGCAUUCACACCAUCUGCAUUUCAAAUUCGAUAUGGUGGUUACAAAGGUGUUGUAGCUGUUGAUCCAACCUCAUCAAUGAAAUUAUCACUGAGAAAGAGCAUGUCCAAGUAUGAUUCUGAAAACACAAAGCUAGAUGUUCUAGCAUGUAGCAAGUAUCAGCCUUGUUUUUUAAAUCGCCAAUGGAUAACUCUUCUGUCUACACUUGAAGUUCAAGAUAAAGUUUUCCUGAAAAAGCAAAGAGCAGCUGUACAACAACUUAAUGCCAUAUUGACUGACCCAUUAAAAGCAGAGGAGGCUCUUGAUUUGAUGUCUGCAGGUGAGAGUACAAGCAUCCUCAAGGCACUGCUAAUGUGUGGUUAUAAACCUGAUGUUGAACCAUUCCUUUCAAUGAUGCUCCAAACGUUUCGGGCAUCAAAGUUGUUGGAAUUGAGGACCAAAACAAGAAUCUUUAUCCCUGAUGGAAGGGCAAUGAUGGGAUGCCUAGAUGAAACAAGAACUUUGGAAUAUGGGCAGGUGUUUGUGCAAAUUUCUGGAAACAGACGAAGGCAGUUAUUUGAUGAUUCAUUCAUAAAUGGUGGGAGCUCAUCAGACGACUGUUUCAUUAUUGAAGGAAAGGUAGUUGUUGCAAAGAACCCAUGUUUACACCCUGGUGAUGUGCGUGUUUUAAGGGCUGUGAAUGUGCCGGAGUUACACCACAUGGUGGACUGGGUAUUUCCACAAAAAGGACCAAGGCCUCAUCCAAAUGAAUGUUCUGGGAGUGAUCUUGAUGGAGAUAUAUACUGUGUUUGCUGGGACCCCGAGUUGAUUCCUCGGAAUCAAAUCCAACCUAUGGAUUAUACCCCAGCACCAACUAUAGAGAUGGAUCAUGAUGUCACGAUUGAGGAAGUAGAAGAAUACUUUGUGAAUUACAUAGUCAAUGAUAGUCUGGGGAUCAUUGCCAAUGCCCACACUGUUUUUGCUGACAGAGAGCAUCAAAGAGCAAUGAGUCCUCCGUGCAUAGAGCUCGCGAAGCUGUUUUCAACUGCUGUAGACUUUCCAAAAACCGGAGUGCCGGCUGUGAUACCACCAAAUCUGUAUGCAAAAGAAUAUCUAGAUUUUAUGGAGAAGCCGGACAAAAGCAUGUAUGUUUCGUACAAAGUGAUUGGACAGCUUUUUCGUGAGGUGAAGGACAUUGCACCCCAUGACAACUGUAUUACAUCCUUCACUCUUCAAGUAGCGAAAAAAUCCUAUGACCCUGACAUGGAGGUUGAUGGCUUUGAGGAUUACCUUGAAGAUGCUUUCUAUUACAAAGGCAAUUAUGAUUACAAAUUGGGAAACCUGUUGGAUUACUAUGGGUAUGGGAUCAAGACCGAGGCUGAGAUAUUGAGUGGGAAUAUUAUGAGAGUGUCAAAAUCUUUCACCAAGAGGCGGGAUGCAGAUGCUAUAAACAUGGCUAUGAAGUCAUUAAGGAAGGAAGCUAGGGCCUGGUUCAAUGAGAAAGGAACUGAAACAGAUUCCGAAGGUGAUGAUGUCUAUGCAAAAGCUUCAGCUUGGUACCAUGUCACAUAUCAUCCCAAGUAUUUUGGUUUGUACAAUGAGGGAAUGAAACGUGACCAUUUUAUCAGUUUUCCGUGGUGUGUUUAUGACAAGCUGGUUCACAUAAAGAGGGACAAAGUCAAGCAAGCUAUGUCAUCUCUUGAGAGGCGGUUGAAUGGCUUGUAUCUGUUCUGAUAAGUUGGCAAGAUUGAACUUUGUUGAUGGUAGCGAUGAUCAAGCUAAGGCGUGAAGACAAUUUUCUUGUACAAUAUCCACCUUCGAUUUGUCUUUUAUUUAUUCAUGGUGCUGAUGAUUAAGACUUGAAGGCAAUUUCCUUGUUUAAUAUCCAUCUUUGGUUUGUCAUCCAUUUCUGGCAGAUUUUAAUUUGAGAGC